UAUGGUGGGAUCUCCCAAAACCCUUAUAAGAAAAUGUAAGAGCAAACGUGUGACCAAAAAAAAACAGAACCUUAAUUGGUCAAAAUUUUGAACGUGGCACUUGCUGAUUGGCAAACUGAACAAUCGGUGACGCACUUUACGGGAAAAUCUUUCAAGAUUUUCCAUCUAUUUUUCCCUCCUUCCCUCCUCUCUCUCUCUCUCUCUCUCUCUCUCUCUGUGGGUAAUCUUUUUGGUUCUCACUUUUCUCUCGCACUCUCAAACCAUGAAUUCGCAGAAAUGGGGAUGUGGGGAAGGUGAAGCGCAUGAAAAUGGACAUGGGUCCCAAUUCCUCCUGGGUUUGGACGGCGGAGCAACCUCCACUGUCUGUGUAUGUAUGCCGUUGUUCCCAUUCUCCGACGACCCCAACAACCUUCCCGACCCUCUUCCCAUUCUCGCUCGUUCUGUUGCCGGUUGCUCUAAUCACAAUAGUGUUGGAGAAACUGCUGCCAGGCUUACACUGGAACAGGUUAUAACCGAGGCCCUUUCAAAAUCAGGUGCAGAUCUAUGUGCUGUUUGUGCUGUUUGUUUAGGUGUCUCUGGUGUUAACCAUCCAACAGAUCAAGAAAGGAUACUAACUUGGCUGAGGGAAAUGUUCCCUAGCCAUGUAAAACUAUAUGUUCAAAAUGAUGCUGUUGCAGCUAUGGCAAGUGGGACGAUGGGGAAACUUCAUGGAUGUGUAUUAGUUUCUGGUACAGGGACUAUUUCAUAUGGAUUUGCUGAUGGUAAAGAAGCUCGGGCUGCAGGUGCGGGGCCUAUCUUGGGUGAUUGGGGGAGUGGUUAUGGGAUUGCUGCACGAGCAUUGACUGCAGUAAUGAGGGCUCAUGAUGGUCGUGGUUCAAAGACAAUGCUCACAACUAGAAUCUUGAAGGCUUUAGCUCUUUCCUCUCCUGAUGAAAUCAUUGGGUGGACUUAUGCCGAUCCGUCUUGGGCACGUAUUGCAGCACUUGUUCCUGAAGUAGUUUCAUGUGCAGAAGCUGGAGAUCAAAUUGCUAAUGAAAUUCUAGUUGAUGCUGUACAGGAAUUGACCAUAAGCGUAAAAGCUGUCGUUGAAAGGCUUAACUUGUGUGGUGAAGAUGGAAGUGCUUCAUUCCCCGUUGUUAUGGUGGGUGGUGUUCUUGAAGGCAACAAGGGUUGGGAUAUAGGAAACGAAGUUAUAAAUUCUAUCCAGAAACUCUUCCCUGGUGCUCAUCCAGAAAGUCCAAAGGUAGAGCCUGCCAUUGGGGCAGCAUUGCUGGCCUGGAAUUUCUUGAUGAAGGAAUCUGAAGGGGAUAACCAUCAUUGACCCAAGCUGAUCUGAUUCAAGUGUUUGACUGUACAGUUGGAAAUGCUAGAAAGAUGAAGAAUAUUUGUAAUGGAAAAAAAAUAUAUAAAUAUAUAUAUUUAAUUCUUGUGGAAGUGGCUUUUAUACCAAAAAGAAAAAAGGGAAAAAAAGAAGAAGACCAGUAUGGUAUAAAGAGAUGUUAACAUAUUAAUAAACAAAAUUUUAAAAUGUGAUAAGAUGAAUCAAUAUCAAAGGUUUAAUCUGUUUUUUAGUCUGAACA